UACUAAAUCAAUCAACUAUUCAAAAACAACAACAUUAAUCAACUUAAUAUAACAUAUAUACAAUCUUCCUUUUAUCCUUUUACAUCCAUAUAUAUAUCCCUUCAUAUAUCAUAAUCAUCAAUCAUGACAUCCUUGCGAAAUAGAAGUAAUAGCAUAGCGUCUAUCACUUCAAUCACUCCUCCUUCAUUCCUAACCUCAUUAUAUAAUAAAUCUCAUCUUAAAUCAUUAUCAAAAAUACUAAAGAAAUAUGCUAAUUUCAUAGGUCCUGGUCUUAUGGUUUCAGUAGCAUAUAUGGAUCCAGGUAAUUAUUCAACCGCAGUAGCAGCUGGUUCUGCUUAUCAAUAUAAAUUAUUAUUCCUGAUUCUUUUAUCAAAUUGUUUAGCUAUAUUCUUACAAAUUUUAGCCGCAAAAUUAGGCGCAGUAACUGGUUUAGAUUUAGCCCAAAAUUGUCGAGUUAAUUUAUCAUUUAAAACAAAUAUCUUUAUGUAUAUAUUAGCUGAAUUAGCUAUUAUUGCAACGGAUUUAGCUGAAGUAGUUGGAACUGCUAUAGCUCUUAAUAUUUUAUUUAAAUUACCUUUAUUCUUAGGUGUUAUAGUAACUGUCAUAGAUGUAUUAGUGGUUUUAAUGGCUUAUAGACCAAAAGGUCCAUUAUUAUUCAUUAGAAUAUUUGAAUCAUUUGUAUCAAUAUUAGUAUUUGCUACGGUUAUAUGUUUUGGUAUUGAAUUAUAUCAAGUUAGUCAAGAUCCAACUAUAAAUUUUAAUAUUGGAGAAGUUUUUAAAGGGUUUUUACCCAAUGAAAGUGUUAUAGAUUCUUCAGAUAGAAAAGGUGGUAAUGGAUUAUUUUUAAGUUUAGCCAUUUUAGGUGCAACAGUUAUGCCACAUUCUUUAUAUCUUGGUUCAGGUUUAGUUCAAGCAAGAUUAAAAGAUUUUGAUAUUAAAAAUGGUCAUUAUAAACCUUUAUCAAAGAAAACUCAAUCAUCUACACAAGUUGAAUCAAAUUCAAAUUUACCUUUUCAACCCGAAUUAGAUGUUAGUGUUAGUAAUAUUAGUCAUGAAUCUGAUAAUAAUAAUAAUUUAACUCCAUUAGCAACUCCAUAUAAUGAUUUAUCAAAUGAUCCAUUUAAUGAAGUGGAACAAAGAGGUACUAAAAUGGGUAAUGGUUCAAGUUUAAGUAGAGUUAAUUCUCAUUUUGAUAAAGAUGAUGAUUCAACUUUAAAAAUUGAUGAUGAUACUAUUAUUGAUAAAAAAGAUGGUGAUGAUUAUUAUUUCUUUAAUGGUGAUGGAGGAUUAAUUAAUAAUGAUAUUGAUGAUGAUGAUCAAGAUGAUAAAUAUCGUCCUUCAAUUCAUGCCAUUAAUGAUACUAUGAGUUAUACUAUUGUUGAAUUGGUUAUUUCAUUAUUCACAGUUGCAUUAUUUGUUAAUGCCGCUAUUUUAAUUGUGGCAGGUGCUACUCUUAAUAAUGGUAGUAGUGGUAAUGAUGAUCAUGAUAAAUUCAUGUUUUUUAAACGUGAUGAUGAUGAUGAUGAUGAUCAUAAUUCUGAUUAUGAUUCUGAUAAUGAUAAUGGAACUUUUGAAAAUGCUGAUUUAUUCACCAUUUAUAAUUUAUUAACCAAACAUCUUUCACCAACGGCAGGUUUUGUUUUCGCUCUUGCUUUAUUAUGUUCAGGUCAAAGUGCAGGUGUUGUUUGUACAUUAGCUGGACAAAUGGUUUCAGAAGGAUUUUUAUCAUGGAGUUUACCCCCUGUUACAAGAAGAUUAAUUACAAGAGGUUUAGCUAUCUUACCAUGUUUAUUGGUAGUUAGUUUUGCUGGUCGUGAAGGGUUAGCUAAAAUUUUAAAUGCAAGUCAAGUUGUAUUAGCCAUUCUUUUACCAGUUGUUAGUGCUCCAUUAAUUUUAUUUACUUGUUCUAAAGAAAUUAUGAGAGUUCCAAUUUAUGUUAAAGAUGGUGAUGAAAUGUUAUUUGAUGAAGAACAAAUUGAACAACAAGAAAAUGAUGCAUUUGGAAUCAUUAAACCAUCAUCAACCAGUACUAAUAAAUCUGAUUUACCUAUUGGUAAACGAUUUAAAAGUAGUGAAUCAGCCAUUAGACUUAAAGAUUUACGUAAUUCAAAUCCAUGUGUUGGAUGGGAUGAAGAUGAUGAAGAAAAUCAAAAUCUUAAUCAUAAUCAAAUUCAAGAACAACAAAAAUUAUUAAAUGAAGCCAUAACAUCAUCAAGUUCAACUAUUGCACCACCUCCUCCUCCACCUUUAACUGUCGCAUCUGAUGUUGACGAUGACGAUGAUGUUUAUAGAGUUAAAGGAUAUAAAGAUUUUAGUAAUGGACCAUUAACUGCUUUAAUUGCGAUUUUAAUUUGGGCUUUUAUUACCAUUUUAAAUCUUUAUUUAUUAGGUAGUAUGAUGUUAGGUUAUGAUGUACCAUUUUAAAUAAUAUAGAUAUAUAUAUAUAUAUAUAGCAUUCACUUUUUGACUUACAAAAAAUACACAUACAUUCAUUCAAUGCAUUAAAAGGUUUAAUUUUAAUAAUUUAUUUUUUUGUAUAUUAGAAAACUAAAUUCCUCGUUUUU